CACAUUUUAGAUUCACGCCCACCAUGAACUCAGUGAAAGUUCUUGUGGUUGGAUCAGCAAACGGAGAUCUACGCAACCUUUGUUCAAAGGUUGGGACAAUCAACUUAAAGCACGGGCCCUUUGAUAUCUUGUUUUGCACAGGAAAUUUUUUUGCAAAAGAGACGCCUAUGGAAACUAUCGAUGAACUGCUAGAGAAUAAGCUCGACUUCCCAAUCACCACCUAUUUUAUUCAUGGAGAUAAUGGCGUGCCCGGGAUUAUUGAGCGUAGGGCAGGCAGAAAUCAGGGCGAAGUGUGUAACAACGUUUUUUACCUUGGGACGCACGGCCUCAUGACAACAGCACAAUCUGUUAAGAUCGCUUCGUUGAGUGGGACUUAUGAUACUGCAGUAUUUGAAGCCGACACAGAAGAUGAAGAGUUCGACAAGUCAUUGCUUCGUGGGCACUACACCAAGGCUAAUUUUGAUCAACUCAUUCAAUUUUCAAAACCCAGUUCGAUUAUGGACACAUCAAAACGAGGUGUCGACAUCUUUUUGUCUUAUGAAUGGCCAGCAGGGAUCGAUAAACCUAACGUACCUUUAGUUAACGCUGCUGAAAAAUCCAGUGUCUCAGGAACAUCUAUAGCCCCUACAGGACUAAGUGCGAGUACAUUUUCUCAUCCUGUUGCACGUGCGGCUGCCGCGUUGCAGCCCCGGUACCAUUUUGCAAGUAGCUCAGGACAGUUUUGGGAACGGUCUCCUUACAGGAACACUAAUGGAGCAGAUCAUGCGACUCGAUUUAUUGCGUUAGGCGAUGUAGGCAACAAGAAUAAGCAAAGGUGGUUCUAUGCAUUCAAUUUAGUACCUCUAGCAAAUGCGAGCGAAGAGGUGCUGAAAAACUCGAUUAAUAACUUGACUACAGGAUCGCCAUUAGCGACCACUGCAGAGCUAAAACGUCCACUCGACCAAAAUGAAACAGCUAGCUUCUUUUGGGAUAAUAAGCGGGUCAGGAAUGAGCCUCCAGCAGGAUAUGUCUGUAGGCGUUGCAACAUUCCCGGUCACUUUAUCAAAGAUUGCACUGUGGAGCGGCAACCUACGAAUGACCAAAGCCGCGACAGCACCCGUAUGCCUGAAGGCUAUGUCUGUAAGAAAUGCAACGAGCCAGGUCACUAUCUUAAAGACUGCCCAAGGAUCAAAGAGGAGACCUCCUCAGGAGUACGCUCAGUCCCCGACGGGUACGUUUGUAAGAUCUGUCAAAAGCCAGGUCAUUUCAUUCGUGAUUGCCCGGAGGCAGCAUCCCGUCAAUCAAACAAUCUAGGAACUGGGAGUGGAGCAAGAGCAGGGACAAGAGAAACAGGCAGCGCAUCGGGAUCGGAAAAAAAUAAUAAACGAGGUGCAAAAGAACCAUCACAGCCAUGUUGGUUCUGUCUAUCCAAUCCGGAUGUUGAUAAGAAUUUGAUCGUCUCGAUAGGCACAGAGAUGUACAUGACUAUGGCGAAGGGUCAACUUCCCGAUACUUUGACAUCAUCAGCAACUCUUGUCCCCGGUGGUGGGCAUGUACUAUUAAUUACUAUCAAUCACUAUUCUUCCUUCCGAAAUGUCGAUCCCAGUGCACGCGCUGAUCUAGAAUCAGAGCUGAAAAAAUAUAAGGACGGACUUCAACAACUUUACGAGUCUAAAGGUGCAACGAUGGUUACAUGGGAGCUGAGCCUAGGUGGUCGAAUGCAACAUGCUCAUAUCCAAAUCUUGCCAGUACCACAAGGCAAGGAUGACAAUAUCGAACGUCAAUUCCGUGAGGAUGUGCAUGAAUUCUUCACAAAGGAUACUAAGCAGAACCAUAGUCAACAUGAACAACAACAGCAGCAGCAGCAGCCAGAACAUGUGGCUAAAUGGCAAGAUCAUGUGCCUUUAUCUGCUGACCAAAGUUUCUUUAAGGUUGAGCUUCCUAAUGGCAAGAUGUUGGUCUGUCCUAUUCCCGAAAAGCAGCGGGUCGACCAACAGUUUGGUCGUAAAGUAAUGGCCAAAGUCCUGAAUACCCCUGAGCGCGCUAGCUGGAAGAGUUGUGUCAAGUCUGCAGAUGAGGAGCGGAAAGACAGUGUAGCAUUUAAACAAUCGUUCAAGGAUUUUGAUUUUACGCUUUAAAAAACAACACAUCUAAACGUGAGGCCAUGCUAAUGUUACAAGUGAGUGUGUAGAAUAAACAUGCGAAUGGUAUAUAUUUUCUGCAAAAAGCAAAAGCAUGUCCGUUUUCGUGCCCUAUUCUCUCAAUAGUUGCUAAUAAUUUAGAUAACUAAGAUGAAUGCCUCAUGGAGCGAAGAAAAAAUGUACAAUGGAGUGACAUAACAAUGUGAUUUUGAAUAAAAAGCCAAAAAUAACCCCAUAAAAAAUAAAUUUUGGAGAGAUGCAUCUUUUUUUUUUUUUUUUUUUUUUUUUUUU